CCAAAACAUCCUAAAAUACACCAGAUCAAAAUCAACACCAUGCUAGAAAAUUUAUCUCAAAGCCUUCAACAUCCUUGCCCAAAUACACAGCAUGACAGCACCCAAAAGUCUGCCUACAAUGGCGACCAGUCCUAGCUUGUUGUCUUCCCUACCCAUGAAAAAUGCCGGCGCGACAUCCGGCUCUUGUAAAGCUUCUUACAUAAUCAGACGCAACUGGCCGUGCUCAUUCAACCUUCGCGAUGUACUCGGAGUCAAUCGCCUAGUCCACGACAGCUGCAGUUUCGGACGUAGCAGUGGCAGUGACAUCUUGGGCCGGAGUCACACUACAUGGCUCUACCGGUUCAUUCUGUAUGGUAAUCCAAAUAGCUAUACCUCCGAGUCCGAUAAUGAUGAUGAUGAUGAUAUAAGCGCAUUUCUACAGAUUCUUCCGUGCGAUUUGCGAGAAGCUCUGUUGUCUCACUCUAGGCAAGAACAUUUACUCGAGGUGAUAUUGGAUUUGGGCCGAUUACCGCAUGCACAGUACUUGGAUGAUUUUGGUAGGAAGUAUUUGAGAGAUACAGAAGUAUCAUGUAAAGAACUUGAGUAUGUUCAAAAUGCAAUCGGACAAUUUGGAGGCGACAACAGAGCUGGAAUUGAGGGUAGCUUGCAUCGUGUGUCUUCUAUUAAGAAUAGGAAGGGGGAAAUUAUUGGGUUGACUUGCCGAGUUGGUAGAGCAGUUAGCGGUCAAAUUGACAUGGUCAGGGAUUUGCUUGAGUUUGGUGAAAGCAUCUUGUUUGUUGGAAGGCCUGGUGUGGGAAAAACUACAGUCAUGAGAGAUUUAUCCCGUGUCUUGUCAGAUGAUCUUCAUAAAAGAGUGGUCAUUGUCGACAGCAGCAAUGAAAUUGGAGGUGAAGGAGAUGUUCCACAUCCAGCAAUAGGGGGUGCAAGAAGACUGCAGGUUAAAAAUCCUUACAUGCAGCACCAAGUGAUGUUAGAAGCAAUUGAGAAUCACAUGCCUGAGGUGAUAGUCAUUGAUGAGAUUAGCACAGAAGCUGAGGUUCGCGCAUGUCGUACAAUUGCUGAGAGAGGAGUAAUGCUUAUAGGCACAGCUCAUGGAAAGCAACUGGAGAAUAUCAUUAAAAAUUCAACUUUGUCUGAUUUGAUUGGAGGACUAGAAUCUGUGACCAUCAGUGAUCAGGAAGCUCAAGCAAGGAAUUGCAGAAAAAGUGUUCUUGAGAGGAAAACUCCACCAACAUUUCCCUUCCUUGUCGAAAUAAGGGAGAGGCACUACUGGAUCGUGCAUCGGACUGAGAAAAGUGUGGAUGCUUUUCUUUGUGGAAAAAAACCAAUUGUUGAGGUAAGGAAGAGAGAUAAGCAAUUCAAAGUUGUGAUUGAGAGAUGGAAAACAGAUGAUUGAAUCUCUGCUGUUUUUACUCAAGCUGGACUGGUCAUGAGUUCCUAUGGUCGUCUCAUUCAUUCGACUUUUGUGGGUUACACCCUAUGGAGUAUAGUAUCUCAUAAACUCAUGCCUGGAUUGAUGAUAGCCUCAAAGAAAAUUAUCAUCCCUUCUCCCUGCCGUUCUCAUAUCACACACCACUCUAGGCACAAUAUGCCAUUCAUCUGGAGCUCUCAGCAUAAGCAAUGGUGACAAUUCUUCAGCAGCACCACCAUUUCUCUUCGCUUCUGGAAAACAUUCCUCCAUGGGUGUCCAAAGCUUCCAUCAUUGGCUCUUCUUCAGUUUGACAAGUGGAAUUGGAGGCUAUUGCUAGAGUAAUGGACUGGACUGUCAAGACAGGCGUACAAGCUUUUAGCUUUACUGUUGAAUUGGACUCCUUUGCUCCAAUCCUCCACCUAAAAGGUUCUAUGUAACCAUUUGUUGCGAUUCAAUAGAAGUUCUUCGUUGUUUCGGAAUAUGUAUUUUUAAAUUAUAUAUAUAUAUAUAUAUAUAUAUAUAUAUAUAGAUUUUGGUUCAGGUGAGAAAUGCAUCUAAUGUGAGAAAUGAGAAUGAAUCUCAGCCAUUGGAUUUACGAAGUUGCGCUAAAAUUGACUUUAUGUUGCAGUAAUAUUUAAAUUUUGCACAUGUUGCACUAAAACUGUUUCAUGUUGCACUAAUAUUUGACGGCGUUGCACCAAAAUAGCUUCAUGUUGCACUAGACACGUGUAAUACGGAUUUUUCAGAAGUAUUUACAGAAAUGUCACUGUGCUAGAUUGCAUAUUUCAGUGCAUCAUGAAGUGUCUUUUAUUGCAAUUUAGUCGAAUCCAAUGGCUGAGAUUCAUUCUCAUUUCUCACCCAAAGGGUUCUUCUCACUUGAAC